AUGGAAUUCGAAGAAGCUGGCAACAGCUGCAGCACAAGCGGGAGGGAGUACCUGGCCUACUUCCUGCACAGGCAUCUGGACUUUCGCCUUCCUGAGAUAGACUCCCUUAUAGAGCUAGCCGGGCAAGGCAAGGCAUCUCAGAGCAGGUGGAGGCAGCCAUUCGGGGGGCACUUCUACUCCCCUUUCUGGUACCUGCAGCUGCCCUCCGACGCAGUGGCGCAUGAGGUUGCAGAGCGCUCCAUCCUGCUCAAGGGGUUUUUGGAGCUUUGGGGUGAGGGGGAGACAUGGGAGGAGCUUGAGGCUUCCAUUGCUGCCUUCCCAGACGAGCUGAAGCAGCCCUGGCUACAAUCAAAUCUGUCCAUGAAGGUGGUGAUAGAUGGGUGGGGACGGGUCAUCAACAAGCAGGAGCAAUCGGAAUGCCAUACUCGCUUGGAAUGCAUCCCGUUCCAGAACCCUGUGAAACUGACAGAUCCAGACAUCGUCUUCCGCCUCAUCAUCGCAAACUGCUACAGCAACCACGGCAUGCCAGACACUGUUCCCAAGCGGAUGUACUUUGGCAGAGAAGUGGGAGUGGGCAACCGCAGGGUGAUCUCCCAGUAUGCGCUGCCCAAGCGGGUCUACCUGGGACCCACCUCGAUGGACACCGAGAUGGCCUUCCUCAUGUGCAACCAGGCCGAGGUGCGGAAGGGCAGUUUUGUGUUUGAUCCGUUUGCUGGCACCGGCAGCAUUCUGGUGGCUGCAGCGCACUUCGGAGCGAUCACCCUUGGCGCUGACAUCGACAUCCGGGUGCUCAGAGACGGCAAGGUGGACACCUCCGGCAAGGUGGCGGACAAUUGGGCCAAUUUCACGACGUACGGCCUGCAGCAGCCGGCCGGCCUGAUCCGCGCCGACGCGCACCGGCCGCCCUUCCGAGACAACCUGCACGAGAUAUUGGAUGCGGUGGUGUGCGAUCCGCCGUAUGGAGUGCGCGCGGGCGGCCGCAAGUCGCAGUCCAAGCCGGACCUGCAAGUCCGCAACCGUGCAACCCACAUCACCUCCACCGCACCCUACUCCAUGGGCGAGUGCCUGCGCGACCUGCUGGACGUGUCAGCGCGGCUGCUGAGGGUGGGGGGCCGGCUGGUGUAUUUCCUGCCUGCAGCUCCAGAGGUGUAUAGGGAAGAGGAGGUCCCACGCCACCCUGCGCUGCGGCUGGUGGCCAACUCCGAGCAGGUCCUCACCGCCCGCUACAGCCGCCGCCUCAUCACCAUGGAAAAGGUGCAUGCAUACGAUCGUGAGGCCGCAGCGGCCUUUCAUGCGGAGCAGGGAGAUCCGCGGAUGGCCAUAGACGAUAUUCCUGCGAUAGUGUAUGAGCCGCGCCAGUACGUGGAUGGCAAGCUUGUGGUCUCAGAAAAGCCCGCCAACAGACCAAAGUACCGCAGCAAGCUGUGCUGAUGUUCUGCCUGUCCCUUCUGGCACUAGUGUACUUUGCCUUUCAAGCACCACAGCACUGCACUAUAGUGACUAUUGCAUAACACAUCUAAGUGUUUUGGGGCGGGCAUGAUGUUACAUUCAAUUUGCU